AUGUCUCAUCAGAAGAAGCAGCCCACUUCCUACCCUCCCGUGAGUUGCGGGAAGUCCUCCGGAGGCGGCGGAGGCGGCGGCGGGAGCUCCGGAGGAGGCGUCAAGUACUCCAGCGGCGGCGGCUCCUCCGGGGGCGGCUGCUACUCCAGCUGCGGUAGCAGCGGCGGCGGUGGCGGGCACAGCCACAGCUGCGGCGGUGGCCACUCCGGGGGCGGCGGAGGCCACAGCUGCGGCGGUGGCCACUCCGGGGGCGGCGGCUCCAGCAGCUGCGGCGGCGGCUCCGGAGGAGGCGUCAAGUACUACGGCGGCGGCUCCAGCAGCUGCGGCGGCGGCCACUCCGGGGGCGGCGGCUCCAGCAGCUGCGGCGGCGGCUCCUCCGGGGGCAGCGGCGGUGGUUGCUACUCCAGCUGCGGCGGCGGCAGCGGUGGUGGUUCCAGCAGCUGCGGCGGCGGCUCCUCGGGCGGCGGCGGCUCCUCGGGCGGCGGCGGCUCCAGCCAUCCCUACCAAUGCCAGAGCUACGGCGGUGGCUCUAGCGGCGGCGGUUCCAGCUGCGGAGGUGGCAGCGGCGGCUACUCCGGCGGCGGCUCCAGCUGCGGAGGUGGCAGCGGCGGCUACUCCGGCGGCGGCUCCAGCUGUGGCGGUGGCAGCGGCGGCUACUCCGGCGGCGGCUCCAGCUGCGGCGGCUCCUCGGGCGGCAGCGGCGGCUACUACUCCUCGCUGCAGUCCACCCAGUCCUGCUGCGCGCCCCAGCAGAGCUACGGCGGCUCCUCCUCCGGCGGCAGCGGCGGCUGCUAUUCCAGCUGUGGCGGCGGCUCCUCCGGGGGCGGCUCCAGCUGUGGCGGUGGCUCCUCCGGGGGCAGUGGCGGCGGUUGCUACUCCAGCUGCGGCGGCGGCUCCUCCGGAGGCAGCGGCGGCGGCUCCAGCUGCGGAGGCGGCUCUUCUGGGGGCGGCAAGGGCGUCCCGGUGUGCCACCAGACCCAGCAGAAGCAGGCGCCUUCCUGGCCGUGCAAGUAA